AUCACUGCUGUUAAGCCUGCCGUAGUUGUUCUCUCAAAGUCAAGCUAGUAGUCACGGAAGGGAAUGGAGCAGGAGAAGGAGAAGGAGGCCAAGAAAUGGAACUUCCAGGGGAACGAAGAGCUGAAUGCUUCAGCAGUAUCAGUGAGAGGUGUCUUCAACAUGUUGAUAGCUAACCUCAACGCAGAAGAUCAGAGACCAUUGCUUCGUCUCUGCCGUGCUGACCCCACCGAUUCCUCUUGUUUUCGAACCACCCACGUGGCUUCUGAUGCCAUCACUAGCGCUGUUCAGUCCUUUCGCUUCAAUUGUUACCCUCCCACCGUUAGCUUGCUUGAGGCGAGGAGGGCUGUUGCAGAACAUCUAUCCUCUGAUCUUCCGUUCCAGUUAUCACCAGACGAUGUUUAUGUCACCGUUGGGUGCACUCAAGCUAUAAAUAUAAUCAUAUCUGUCCUUGCACGUCCUGGCGCCAACAUCCUUCUUCCAAGACCAGGCUACCCACAGUAUGAAGCCCGUGCAGCUUGCAGUGGUCUUGAAGUUCGCCAUUUUGAUCUUUUGCCUGAGAGAGGUUGGGAGAUUGAUAUCGAUGCUUUAGAAGCUCUUGCAGAUGAGAACACUGUGGCCAUGGUUAUUAUUAAUCCUAGCAAUCCUUGCGGGAAUGUUUUCACGUAUCAGCAUUUGAAAAGGGUUGCAGAGACUGCUAGGAAACUUGGGAUCUUUGUGGUAGCUGAUGAAGUUUAUGCUCACAUAACCUUUGGAAGCAAUCCAUUUGUGCCUAUGGGAGCGUUUGCAUCAUUAGUGCCUGUUAUUACACUUGGGUCUUUGGGGAAACGAUGGAUUGUUCCUGGUUGGAGAAUAGGAUGGAUCGUGACAUGUGAUCCAAAUGGCAUCUUCCAGAAAACUGGGAUAGUGACGAAUAUCAAGAACUAUCUGGACAUCACUACCGACCUUCCAACCUUCAUGCAGGCUGCUAUACCCCAAAUCCUUAGGAAUACCAAAGACGAAUUCUUUGCACAUAAUCUUGACAUAAUGAGAGAAUCUGCAGACCUAUUCUUUGUUAGAUGCAAGGAGAUCCCUUGUCUAAUAUGUCCUCACAAACCAGAAAGUACUAUGACUGUGAUGGUGCAGAUUAACUUCUCGCAAAUUGAGGGCAUUAUUGAUGAUGUGGACUUCUGUGUCAAACUGACCAAAGAGGAAUCUGUAAUUAUUCUCCCCGGUGUUACUGUUGGACUGAAGAAUUGGCUUCGGAUAAGUUUUGCAGUUGAGCCUUUGGCCCUUGAAGAUGCCCUCAGCAGAAUAAAAGCCUUUAGUCUCCGUCAUAUGCCAAAAUGCCCCUAAUUCGUCUGUGUGAAGCGACCAGUAAUGUCAUUAUGAAUCAGAGGAUGGCUACGCAGACAACUUCAUGUUGGAAUGCAGUGAACUUUCAUACCAUUUGUUGGGAACAAGAGAAUUUCUCUUAAGGUUUUCUCUAUGUGUGCUGUUUAUGUACUAUGUAAUUGGUUUAUCUUGUGAAAAGCCCAACCAUGUUCCUGUGCCAUCAACUUUGCUAAACAGUUAAGAUUUAAUUUAAAUUCACUUGAUAACUUGAACAA